AUGCACACUCUAAGCCAAUACCAAGGCAAAAGCUUCAUCCCUACAACCUUUGCAGGUUUGAUAGGGACAGCAAAGCACCAGGCUCAAACGACAAGGGACAACAUUUUCCGACUUGAUGAAAAUAUUAAGGACAGGAAUUCCGAACUCAAAUCGAGCUAUCGCAAGUGCUUGGAGAGAUACAAGAAAGCUGCCAACCGACUCGAAGGAGCAAACAAGUCAUUCACGAAAAACCCCAAAAACACGGGAUUCGUCAAGAAAUUCGUUUCCGAUGCAAUGUCUGAGGCUCAGUCCUGCAACAAAGAAUUGUCUCGUCAGGAAAACGAGCCAUCUAACGUAGCUGGUGAUAUCGGGAAGUUACAUGACCUUGGUAGCAUCAUCGUCUUCUUAUGUGAUCAAAUAUCGAAUGGUCGAAUUUCUAGUGAUGUUAAUUAG